AUGGCUCAUUCCGCGGACUCUGGACGCCGAGAGAUGACCAACGGGGCCCACUCCAGCGGCCAGGCUGGGGGCUCCAACACCGCCACGCGCUACCUGCUCAAAAAGCAGCAGCGUCGGAGGAUGAGAUCGGCCUCCCCCAUGGGCAGAGUCAUCCUCAUCAACUCGCCAGUCGACGGUGGGGAUGACUGUGAAGACAUCCACACCAUCACAGUAGAUAAGAGUGAGGACGGCCGGCUGGGCUUUAGUGUGCGAGGAGGCUCUGAACAUGGCCUCGGGAUCUUCGUCAGUAAAGUGGAGGACGACAGCUCUGCAGAGGAGUCGGGCCUGUGUGUGGGGGACAAGCUGGUGGAGGUGAACGGCAUCAGCCUGGAGAGCAUCACCAUGAGCAGUGCCGUGAAGGUCCUCACUGGCAACAACCGGCUGCGCAUGGUGGUGCGACGGGUGGGGAAGGUCCCAGGCAUUCGCUACUCCAAGGAGAAGACCACAUGGGUUGACCUGAUCCACCGGCGGAUGGUGGUCGAGGAGAGUGGGCGGACACCCUCGGAGGCCAGCUCAGACACCGCCCUGCGUCGGAUCGUCCACCUCUACACCACCUCCGACGACUACUGCUUGGGCUUCAACAUCCGCGGAGGGAAGGAGUUUGGCCUGGGCAUUUACGUGUCUAAGUUGGACCCAGGAGGGUUGGCGGAGCAGCAUGGCAUCAAAAUGGGUGAUCAGAUUUUGGCAGCCAACGGCGUGAGCUUCGAGGACAUCACCCACAGCAAUGCAGUGGAGGUGCUGAAGAGCCACACUCACAUCAUGCUCACCAUCAAAGAGGCGGGAAGAUACCCGGCCUACAAAGAGAUGGUGGCCGAGUACAGCUGGCUUAAUAAAUUGGCCAAUGGUCUGGCUCCGUCCUCUCAAGGUUCGGACUCGUUCUCCUCUGCCUCCUCCUUGUCCUCUGGCACGCCCCUCUCCUCCCUGAGUGGCCUCUCCCAGGUCAUGUUCCCGCCGCUGAUGUCCGAAAUGGUGGACGUGUGCAUCUCCACCGAGGACCGCUCCCGACGGCCCAGCUCUGACCGCACCGAAAUGGCCAUCCAGACGGACCCGCUGGCGGCAGCAGACAGGGUGGUCGCCGUGGAGACCAGCCGGACGCUCGGGGAGACGGUGCUGCUGAAGGACACGGUGAUCCGCAGCGGGAGCUUCGGGCGGCCGACGGAGCGCAGUCGGACGUACUCGGCGGGGGAGAAAGAGACGCUGGACUCGGCCAAGACGGCCGUGCUGGUGGCCCUGAGCAAGCCACGCAGACCACUACGCCGCUCCCAGAGCCACAUCACUGUGUCAGGUCAGUCCUUGGUCAGUGACAUCACAUCCUGUGUGUCUGUGUGUUCUUCUCCAGAGGAAGGGAAGAAGAAGAAGAAGCAGCAGAAGGAGAAGACCCCGGGGGAGGGCGGCAGCACCCUGCAGCGCUCCAAGACGUUUGUCAGCCAGCUCUUCAAGAGCGGACGCCGCAGGGAGAAGGAGCGAGAGAGGGAGGCCUCCAAGGAGAGGAGGAAUGGAGGGGGGGCGGAGGGACGCAGGGGGAGGUCCAAAUCUCCCGCACGCUCGGAGCUGGAGAGGGGUAAGGAGCGUAAUCGUCUAAGCUUGCUGACCUCCCCUAAGGAGUCUCGCGCAGGGGUGAAGGGGCACUGCCCACUGCCGGGCCCCGAGACACUGGCCAUGGUGGAGGGCAUGGCCCACCGGCUGCUGAGCGAGGACGAAGCGGCCGCCAUCAUGAGGCACUGCCGACGGUAUGUCUCGGAGAGAGUCGUGGAGGACUUGGUGCGCCCCCUCCUGGCCAUUCUGGAUAGGCCAGAGAAGUUGCUGUUGCUCCGGGAGAUCAGAGCACUUCUUCCUCCUUCUGAUGCUGCUCAGUUUGACAGCAUGGUAGUGCCAUUUGAACUGGAGGCCUAUGAGAUCCUCAAGAGUCGCUCUGUGAGAUCACCAGCUCUGAGAUCCCCUCGGCCUGGAGGGACUCCACGACGCCACCUCAUAACUCCUAUACCAGACUACCGGGGUGGUUUCCAGCUGCAGCCGACCCAGGACGCCGAGCGAGAACGCCACCUGUUGGACGAGCUGGAGCGUCUGCGUGUGUCCAGCCUCCAGAUGGGCCGGCUGCCCCCGUCGCGCCCCUUCACCCCGCUGCUGGACGUCCACGUGGACGCCUACACCACGCCCACCUCUAUCCUCCGCUCGCGUUCGCCCAGUCCCGCUCCCCCCAACUGGCUGCUCGCCGAGUCGCCCCACAGCACCACUGCCAAGCGCAGCCGCUCCUCCCAGAGAAGAGACAAUGGUUCGCCCCGCUCCCGAGAGCCCAGCGACAGGGGAGAGGCCACUUCCCGUGAGCGGGGGAGGUCGCCCUACCGGAACGGCAACGGCAGGAUGGACAGGGAGGAGGCGAUGAGCGGUAACGGGACGGAGGACACGAGGCAUGUGAGCGCCCCGCGUCACAGCAGACCCCCCCUGGCACAGGUGUUUGCCCCCCAGGAGGGUCUGCGGCCCUCCGAUCGCUGCCCGUCCGCAGGUAGACUCGGCGGCGCGCACGUGAACGGUCACGCUCGCUCCGUACAGAAUGGACACCACGACAGCAGCCCCCGGGUGCAGGAGUAUGAGCUCACUACUGUCUCCAUAUCCAAGACCAAACAAUCUCUGGGCAUCAGCAUCUCUGGUGGGAUGGAGUCUCGAGUGCAGCCCAUGGUGAAGAUUGAGAAGAUCUUUCCCGGCGGAGCUGCCUCAGGCAGUCCAGUGCUGAAGGCUGGUUAUGAGCUGGUGUCAGUGGACAGGGAGUCCCUUCAAGGCGUCUCUCACCAGCACGCAGUGGACACCAUCCGGAGAGCAUUCAGCAACAAGGCCCAAGACCCCAUGCAGCUCGUGGUGAAGGUCCCCAAAGGCCCCCAGGACUGACCAGCUCAGCUCAGCCCCCGGCAACCGCUUAUCGCCCGCUCAGAGGUGCAGGGUCUGGGUAGACAUGGGGGGGAGAAAGGAAGUCCCUCUCAGAAGGUGUCAAGGACUUUGGUGUCAAUGACCCUAGGAGAGCCAGGCUGCCUUUACCUAUGAAAACUGUCCCCAGGAAAACAGACGGCAUGGUCUACACGGGCCAUUAGAGCACCAAGAAGGGAAGCAGCCACUAGUGGACACCUCGACUAGUGGACACCUCGGCUUCACCAUUUGAGUUUCUAUAAUCUCACAAGGCUCCUUAAAUAAAUCUACUGUGCAACCUAUACCUGUAUCAGAAUUACAAAUGGGAGUUAUGAU